AAUUGGUUUUCUGCAGGAUAUUUCAAGUAAGCAAAUUAUUUUCAAUUAUAUCAAAAAAAGUCAAAUGUUCAAUCUGCAGCGCACUGGUGGAAGUGAGGAAAAUCUUUCCCCUGAGGUGGUAAAUGCCACCGAGCCAUUAGGGGAAGCUGAAACCAGCUUAUCUAUGGCUUCCUCGGAUAGAUUAGAAAAUUCUAUGGCACGUGGAAGGCAAGGGGAUGAGGAGUAUAUUGUGAUGCAGCAGAAAGACUUAUUUUCAGUAGCUCAUUUACCAUCUCAGGUCAGGAAAAUUAUAGAGCAUUUAUGGGAAAACGAAGCUCGUCUUUGUGCAUUCUUCUGUAAUAUUCAGGGUCAGCACCUUAAUACACCUAGCAAGGUGGCUGGGCCCUCUAUGUUCUUUUUGGAUUCCAUUCUUGUACCUCCAAUCAGGUUCCGCCCUCCAGCCAAAGGGGGUGAUUCAGUUAUGGAACAUCCACAUACUGUUCUUCUUGGCAAGGUCCUUCAGUCAAAUAUAGCUUUGGGAAAUGCCCAUAGCAACCGGGCUGGAAGGUCUAAGAUCAUUAGCCGCUUGAUGGAUCUUCAACAAUCUGUAAACAUCCUGUUUGAUAGCAAAACAGCUGCUGGUCCAGGUCAAAAAGAUGUUGGUGUGGGCAUAUGUCAGUUGUUGGAAAAGAAAGAAGGUAUCUUCCGCCAGAAAAUGAUGGGGAAGAGAGUCAAUUUUGCCUGCCGAUCAGUUAUAUCUCCGGAUCCGUAUUUAUCUGUCAAUGAAAUUGGAGUUCCACCAUAUUUUGCUUUAAGACUAACCUAUCCUGAGCGGGUCACGCCUUGGAAUGCUGGUAAAAUGAGAGAUUCUAUCAUCAAUGGGCCUGAAAACCAUCCUGGGGCUCUCUCUUUUGCUGAUAGAAUAUCUACUGUGAAACUGCCGUCAGGCAAUGGUAAAAAUAUCAAAAAGAUCCGUAUGGCAAUAUCUAGAAAAUUGCCUUCUUCAAGGGGGGCAGUGACUCAGUCUGGGAGGAACGAUGAAUAUGAAUUUGAAGGCAAAGUUGUUUACCGGCACUUGCAAGAUGGGGAUAUUGUUCUUGUGAAUCGGCAGGUAGAGCUUUUUGCUUCAGUUUGCGGAGCCAAUU